GAAAUUAAAGACCAAAAAUCACCAGUGAACGACACCUAACAGCUCUCACACCGCAAAACCGGAGCUCUGUUCACGCUCUUGCCUGAGAAGCCUAAACCGGUGCCCAUUUCUCCCCUAUUCUCUCCCCAUUUCUCUCUCCCCCUCUGCUCCGCCCCGGUGUCUCGGAAUCAAAGAAAUGUCGAAACCAAACCCUAAAUCCCCAUACAAUUCCCGAAUUACCCAAAACCAACUCAUCGACUCUCUCACCUCCCACAUCUCCCUCUACAAUUCCCACUCCCAUUCCUCCUCCUCUCCCAAUCCAAACCCUAACCCUAGGUCCUCCAUACUCAAAUGGCUCUCCUCCCUCUCCCUCCACCACCGCCAAUCCCACCUCACCGCCGUCGAUCCCAGCUUCGUCCGCCUCCUCCUCCAAAUGCUCCGCAAGCUCCACACUCACGGCCACGGCUCCUUCAUCAUCCUCCCCGACCUCCCCUCCGGCGACCUCCCCACUCUCUGCUUCCGGCGCUCCGGCGCUGGGCUUCUCUCUAGAGUCGCCGAGGCGAGCCAACCGGAGAAGAUGAUAUUCGAGUCGACGCGGUUGUUUAACUCCAGAGAGGGAGAGAAGGUGGAGGAGUGUUCUUGCUCGGUGAGGGAGAUUGAUACGGUGACGGUGUGUGAGGAUUUGGUUGAGGAUUUGGAUAGGUUUGUGGAGGCUAUGGAUGAGAUUUCGAAUGGGGGAUUCUUGAGAGGCGAGGAGAGUGAUUUGGGGUCGGAUUGGGUAGAGUUGAAGUGGUUGAAGGACAAGGGGUAUUAUAGUAUGGAGGCUUUCGUGGCGAAUAGGUUGGAGGUGGCUUUGAGGCUUGCGUGGCUGAAUUCGAACAAUGUUAGGAAGAGAGGGGUGAAGUUGAAGGAGAAGAUCAGUGCGGCGGGCGUGGCGGCUACUGUGUAUUGGAGGAAGAAGAGGUGUGUGGACUGGUGGGGGAACUUGGAUGCGGCGAUGAGGAGUAAUGUGGUGACUUCGGUGUUGGGGAAAGCAGCGAAACCGCUGAUUCAUGAGAUUCUGAAGGGGACAAGUAGUGGGGUAGAGGAUGAAAUGUGGCUCCUCAACACAGGAAUGGAGCAACCAUUGAGGUACAACCAUAUUGUGUCUAUGCGCAAGACUGUUCCAAAACUUGUGGCUGACACAGAAUUUGGGUCAAGCAUUAUCCCAGCUUCUCUUUCUGGGAAACCUGCUUCCUUAGCCGAUGCAUUUAAUAAUCUCUUUGUGCUUCAGGAUAUCAUAAAGAUGAUAUCAUUAUGUUGCAAUAAUGAAUAUGAUAAAGGGAAAUUCUUCUAUAGCACAUUGAGUUCAAUUUCUACCAUUUCUGAUUUUAUACUAAGAAAAUUACGAGGAUUUCUCAUGGUUCUCUUGCUUGACUGCACAAAACUUGAACUUUUAUCAGAGGGAAAUGAAAAAUGCUUAUCUAAGAAAACCAAAGCAAAGCCUAGUGCUUCUAGCCGUAAAAGUAAAGGGAGGGCCAGCAAUAUGAAAAGGCCAAAUCCUGUUCCAAUGUCAUGUACAGAUGAAGUUUUAUGUGAAACGUCUGCCAAGGAUCUCAGUGUGUUGGCUCAUAAAGAGAAGGCAGAUUCGGUGGAGUCCAAGAAGACGCAUGAUAAACAUCAAGAGGUGGAGAUUUUCAAGGAGUCAUCAUCAUCGAAACAUGAAAUGGAACAUGCACAAGCAUUGGCUGUUGCAAAAGUUCAGACAGCUGCGAGGAAGGGUAGGAAAGGGAAAGGCAAAAAGAAAAUAACUGGCUUGAGGAAUGCUGAUGAUAUGGAUAAAUUAGAGAGAUCAGUCGCGGAAGCUUCUUCUUCUUCUUCUUCGGUUAUUGCCAAAGAUACCACUGCAAAGUCAGAUCGAACUUUUGGUGAUACAGCCUUCCAGAACAUAUUUGAUAAUUCAGCUAGUUGUAACAACCCUUUGCCAAAUUCAAUUCCUUGUGGUACUGCGAAUGGACCUCUUAGAGAUGAAGAUGCCACCAAAAGCAGUCAAGAGAACGAUGGUAUUGGUUCCAAUUUAUGUCAUAAAGUUUCGGGAAGUUACCAGUCUUCAAAUAAUAUUACUGAAAUCCAAAAGAAAUGUCCUGGAUCAGAAGCUGAAGCCUGUAAGGUAGAUGGAAUCAUGAUAGAGUCUUCAGUGCCUGAGGUAGGUAAAAUUGUGAUAAAGUCUUCAGUGCCUGAGGUAGAUGAUACAGUUUCCCAUCGUAAAGAUAUUGAUAGGCUGGAAAAGCACGCUGUUAAGUCUGGUGUGAAAGAAGUUUUGCCAGAGAAAGAAAUAAGAGCUUCGGAUGUAAACCAAGAAGCUGUUCUGUUGCAGGACCAAGAGAAUGGAAAUAAUUUAUAUCAUACUAGAACUCCAAGUGCUUUUGAAUGCCCUCCUUAUGAGUGGCCUGGUGUAGCUUGUGCCUAUUUUCCACCUGUUAACUCACAUCUCCCACCUGCCACUGAUCGAUUGCAUCUGGAUGUCGGUCAUAACUGGCAGAAUCACCGCCAGUCUUUUCUACCGACAAUACAUCAGGUGAGAAACUCGGCAAUCGAAGGUGGGUGUAAUCCAGUUCUGACUCGACCACUGCCAAUGAGUAUAGAUUGGCCCCCAAUGAUUCGAAGUGCUCGUAGAGUGGCUCCGUACCGGACCUGUAAUUAUGAUUCUGGUUUUUAUUCUUGGGAUUGUGCAGACCUACCUGAUCCAACAAAGGCAUAUGAACUAGUGGAUGAAUGUGACAGCCACUGGAUAUCUGAGGAUGAAGUUGAGGUCCAAGCAUUUUCUGGGGCAGAUUAUAAUCAGUACUUUGGUGGUGGUGUGAUGUACUGGAAUCCUUCUGAUAAUACCGGGACGGUUUUCUCUCGCCCCCCUUCCCUUAGUUCUGAUGAUAGCUCAUGGGCUUGGCGUGAAGCUGACAUAAAUAGGGCUGUUGAUGAUAUGGUUGCAUUUUCUUCUCCUUUCAGUACGAAUGGUUUGACUUCGCCUACUGCUUCCUUCUGUUCUCCUUUUGAACCUUUGGGAUCUGGAAACCAGCCUCUUGGAUAUGUUAUGUCAGGAAAUGAAGUACCAGGCAAGGUGCUGCAUCCCUCAUCAACAAUGGGAGACACAGUAGUAGAUGAUGAAUCCUCCGGAUCUAUGGCUGAUGUAACUGGUGAUAUUGAAGGGAAGACAGGCGAUUCACUGCCUUACCCCAUUUUGCGGCCAAUCAUCAUAUCAAGAUCAAGAGACUUUAAGCGAAGCCAUGAUCAUAAAAGCCCAUGUGUUCCUCCUACUAUGCGUGAUCGACCUCGGAUAAGGCGGCCACCCUCGCCUGUGGUGCUUUCUGUCCCACGGGCUCCACGACCACCUCCGCCAUCUCCUGUGAGUGACUCCAGAAAACACAGGGGAUUUCCAACUGUUCGAUCUGGUAGUUCUAGCCCAAGGCACUGGGGUAUGAGAGGCUGGUUCCAUGAUGGAGCUAACUUGGACGAAGCUUGUUUACGCAUGGAUGGUGCUGAAGUUGUUUGGCCCUUUAGAAAUAAUAAUAAUAUUUCAGGCCGCCCGUUGAUUCAGUCUCUUCCUGCACCUCUGCUGCAAGAUAGACUGAUUGCUAUUUCUCAACUAGCACGUGAUCAGGAACAUCCGGAUGUUGCAUUCCCCAUUCAACCACCUGAUUUACAUAAUUGUCCAAUACGGAAGGCCUCUCUCUCUCUGAUGCACAGCCUCGUGCAUAACGAGAUUGAAUUUUUUUGCAAGAAGGUUGCUACAGAGAAUAUGGCUCGGAAGCCCUACAUCAAUUGGGCUGUCAAACGAGUUACACGGUCUCUCCAGGUGCUUUGGCCCAGAUCCAGGACAAAUAUAUUUGGUUCAGUUGCAAACGGUUUGUCCCUUCCAACAAGUGAUGUGGACCUUGUGGUUUGUCUACCUCCAGUUAGGAACUUGGAACCCAUUAAAGAAGCUGGGAUAUUGGAGGGCCGAAAUGGUAUUAAAGAGACAUGCCUUCAGCAUGCUGCCAGGUAUCUUGUCAAUCAGGAUUGGGUUAAAAAUGAUUCUCUUAAGACGGUGGAAAAUACAGCUAUACCGAUUAUAAUGCUUGUGGUGGAAGUUCCCAACGAUCUAAUUGCCUCUUCCGCCUCUAAUGUGCAAUCACCAAAAGAAGAGGCACCUCACAAUACUGGUGAACCAGACAAUAAUGCACACUCCAGUGGGGUUGUUUUAGAAGAAUCUGCAAUGCCUAAGUGCCCACAGAUAACUUAUGAUGCUACAAAGGAUUCAGUAUCAAUUCGCAUUGACAUCAGUUUCAAAUCUCCUUCUCAUACAGGAUUUCAAACUACCCAGCUGGUUAAAGAUCUAACUGAGCAGUUUCCAGCGGCUACUCCCCUUGCUUUGGUACUGAAACAGUUCUUGGCAGAUCGUAGUCUGGAUCAGUCUUAUUCUGGUGGCUUGAGUUCCUACUGUUUGGUACUACUGAUAGUGCGUUUUCUCCAGCAUGAGUAUCAUCUUGGCCGACCUAUCAACCAAAACUUUGGAAACCUUCUGAUGAAUUUUCUUUAUUUUUUGGGUAAGAAUGUUUUCGAUCCUCGGCAAAUGCGUAUUUCAGUACAGGGAAGCGGUGUUUAUAUAAAGAGAGAAAGAGGUUGCAGCAUCGACCCUAUACACAUUGAUGAUCCCCUUUUUCCGACUAAUAAUGUGGGACGCAAUUGCUUCCGGAUACAUCAGUGUAUCAAGGCAUUUUCAGAAGCUUAUUCUAUUAUGGAGACUGAGCUUGCUUCUCUUCCUAAUGAUGAUGAUGCUGAAUCAAGUCCCCCAUAUAGACUGCUUCCUAAAAUUAUCCCGAGUAUUGAUCUAUCAUAGGCAUGCUGUUGUAUGGAGAUCAUAUGUAGGUGUAGGUGGGUGUUCAGUGGACCAAAAAGUUACCUAGUAGUGCUAUAUUUAUGUUGAGGAAAGUCUACUUCUUUCAUCAAGCUGGAGUUUACUGGUGGAAGGGGGAAGUAACAUUAUCGUAGUUGAGAUGGAAAGUUUGCCAUCUGCGGUCUGCGUACAUCUUCGGAUCUGGUUUGAUUUGACAAAGAAAGUGCAACCGCCCUUAAUUAGUAGCUGCUACAUCACUUCUGGGCUUUUAUUCUUGGUUCUUUCAAUGACUUCAAGUUAAAGACAAGCCAAGUAAGCUUGUUUAGAUUUUCACCAACAUAAAUAAAGUAAUGGGAACGUGUACUUACUGUUCUCUGGGUCGGACAUCUCCACCAGCACAUUUAAUUUGUUCUUGCCCUGGUCUGAUGCAUGUUUCAUUCCUUUGGGUGGAAGAAUGAUCAACAAGGAAGAAUCAGCUUUGGAACCAUAUAUGGGAGACUACUUGUGGAACAGGAGAUUGAGCCAUAAUCAUCACUGUGUGCAUUGCCUCUCAAAGUCUUGGUACACUUGUGAACUCAGCUCGUAUGGUUUCCUACAGAAGUCUUUCACAGAAAGCAAGGUUGGCACAAUUAAUGUAGUUAAAGAUGGACAUCAUUCGUUGUCUGAUUGUUUUGCCAUUCUACAUAAUGUUGGUCAAAAUGGUGGCUGCCGCAGAGAACAGGUUCACAUCGCAUUAUGCAGGUCGACCAUCAGAACCAGCUCUCGAUGCCACCACACUGAAUACUGUUCAUUUAGGCAAAAAAACAGAAGCAGUUGUAUAACUCUAUCAAAAUCAGGCUGAUUGAUCAGCUCAUUAGCAAA